UUUUGAAAUAGGAUUAUGUUCCAACAAAAUUCUGAGGGCGGGCCUCUUGCAGUUCUAUUCUGUUUGCUUGAUAUAAAUUUUCACAAUUUUUUUAUACAGAGGUGCAACAGUAAUUGGCAAGGUAACUAAUAGCACAUGCAAUUUGGGCGAAACCCUAGAUUCUGCAGCUACAUGCAGUCUCACCAUUUUAAGUUACAAUGUUCUAGGAAGUGUGGCUGUUACAAAGAAUUUGACAUUUAAUUAUAUCAGAAUUCCUUACCCCCCUACUGGUGUUAAACUAAUGAAGAAUAAGAAUGGAGAAUUGCUUCUUAGUUGGAAUUAUCCUCGGGGCUAUUUUGAUUAUAAUGCCCAUAUGCUGAAAUACAAAGUUCGUUACAAGGCUGUCAGCAAUAGUGUAUGGGAAGAGUUACCGGCAAAAACGGAUAUUAAAGAAGACACACAAUAUCGUUUUUCAUCAUACCCUAUGGAGCCGUUUGUUGAGUACAUGGCACAAGUGAGAGCUAGACAGUAUGUCAACUUUAGCAAUUGGUCAGAAUCUGCAUAUUAUACCACUGAUGAAGCAAAGCCAGGGAGACAAGUUGAUGCAACUUUCGAGACUUACGACAAAGGUAAUACAAGAAGUAUCACCAUACGCUGGAAGGCGCUUAACAACAACAUAAAGCAGCAAUGCAGGAGAUGGUGACAUUCAAGUGGUCUCACCCACCGAUGUCAAAGUAACGUCGCUGUCUCAAUCAGGCAAUUUACACGCAUGUAAUCCACAAAAGG